CGUUACGUUAUUUACGAAUCCUUCGUGUAUUUGACUGAAAGGACACGUGUUUUGUGUAAAGAGUUUGUGAUUUCCUUUUCCUUUGAAACGAUGGCUAAAGCGAUCUCAAAGAAGCGUAAAUUCGUGUCGGACGGCAUCUUCAAAGCAGAAUUGGAUGAGUUUCUGCGCCGGGAGUUGGCUGAGGAUGGAUACAGUGGUGUGGAGGUCCGCAUGAGUCCCACCAGAACUGAGAUCAUAAUACUGGCCACAAGAACGCAGUCGGUGUUGGGCGAGAAGGGCCGACGCAUUCGUGAGCUGACGAGUGUCGUCCAGAAGAGGUUCAACUUCCAGGAGGGAACCGUUGAGAUGUACGCCGAGAAGGUGUCGGACAGAGGUCUGUGCGCUAUCGCGCAGUGCGAGUCACUCCGGUAUAAACUGAUCGGAGGUCUGGCCGUCCGGCGGGCCUGUUAUGGUGUCCUCCGAUUCAUUAUGGAGUCGGGCGCUAAGGGUUGCGAAGUGGUGGUCAGCGGCAAGUUGAGGGGACAGAGGGCUAAGAGCAUGAAGUUCGUGGACGGAUGGAUGAUCCACUCCGGACAGCCCACCAAAGACUACGUGGACACCGCUGUCAGACACGUACUCCUCAGACAGGGAGUGCUCGGCAUUAAGGUGAAAAUCAUGUUGUCCUGGGACAUGACUGGAAAGAAGGGCCCGAAGAUGCCUCUGCCCGACAACGUGAACAUUGUGGAGCCCAAGGAGGAGAUCAUUCCGGCUCAGCCCUACUCCGAGUCUAAAGAGGCCAAAGCGGUGCCCGUUCCCGGAAUCAUGAGUUAG